AUGUCUUCAGUCUCCAAUGCCGAUACAUCUGUGCCCUACCCAGGCUUCCCCCACCCAGAUCCAUGCCUCUCAUUCUGGCUUCAGGGAACUCGUUCUUCCCCCCUCCUGGGUCACAGGACGACAGAAUCACUCCCAGAAAACGUAGAUGUUACUAUUAUCGGCUCUGGCAUGAGCGGUGUUGCGACGGCGUAUUUCAUGCUUACGGCGCCCAAUCCACCAAAGAGUGUCAUCAUUCUUGAAUCCAGAGAGGCGUGUCAUGGUGCGACGGGUAGAAAUGGAGGUCACUGUAGGCCGGACUGCUAUCGAGGAUAUCAAGCGUACAAGGCCGAGUUCGGGCAGGAUCAGGCCAUCAAAAUAUUGCGGAACGAAUUGGACACCCUCAAUCUUGUCGGGGAGGUCGUCGAGAAGGAAAAUAUUGACUGUGAUUACUGGCGGGGAAUGUCGUGGGACGUUGCCAUGGACAAAUCCUGUGCCGAUUACUGGUACAAGUCCUUCAAAGACUUUAAGGCGGAUGGGGGUAAGGUAGAUGGCAUCGUGGAGUGGAUAUCUGACCCAGAUGCUGCCAAGCAGCGCACUCGUUGCCCUUCCGCGUAUGCCGCCGCCCGCUUCCCCGCGGCCUCACUCUGGCCUUACAAACUUGUGGAACACCUUCUACUCAUGCUCAUCGAGAAACAUGGCUUGAAUCUGCAGACUAACACAACUGUGGAGUCUGUACAGCCAACUUCGGCUAAGGAUGGUUUACACACUAUACACACCUCUCGUGGCACACUCACGACCUCGAAAGUCGUCUAUUGCUCCAAUGCGUACACUGCCACCCUUCUCCCGGAGUUCAAGGGCAAGAUUGCUCCAUUCAGAGGACAGUGUUCGGCGAUCGUCCCGACUAGAGCGCAGCACCACUUCGACUACAUGAUCCAACGCCCUAAAGACGGCAUCAUCAUCCUCGGCGGCGGUCGCUGGAAAGCCCCCAUCGAGGUAUCCAUCCCUCAAACAGACGACAGCGUCAUCAUCCCUGAGUUCACGCAACACCUGAAGGGGGCAAUGUCGGGAUACGUCGAGGGUUGGAACGAGCAUGACGGGAAGAGCAAGGGAGAAGGGCUGAACGAGGGAUUGUUGGUAGAUUGGACGGGAGUGAUGGGUUUCACGCCGGAGGAGGUGCCGUAUGUGGGAUCUUUGGCGGGUUUGGGGAGGACGGGGGAGUAUAUCAAUGCUGGGCAUUGUGGGCAUGGCAUGGCCCGUAUCAUGACCUGCGCCCGUGGUCUCGCGCACACGAUACUUAACCCAUCGUCUCCUUUCACAUUCGAAGAGACAGGACUUCCAGAAUGCUUCGAGCCUACGAAGGAGAGGUUAGCCAAGAGCAAGAUUAGCGUCGAGGAUAUGUGGAAGGAGAUGGAUAAGGGCAACUAG